AUGAUUAAACUUCAAGUCUAUAUAAUACCGCCACGGGUGCAGAAUGCGGAAUUUCGCAACUUGGAGAUUCCAUCCGGGGGUCCAUUUCAAGGAGAUAUGAGCAUGCAACAGGUGGCAUCGAACAAUCGGUCAUUUAUACCCGGAUCAACCUUAAAUGGUGCCAGCACGCCUCUGCAACAAGGGAGUAUUGGCUAUAAAAUUGAUCCGAUGGGCAAUAUGUCUGCAAUGAAUCCAUAUGUGUCGAGAAUGGGUCUGACCAGUGCUAAUCCUCCUUUUGAACGUGCAUCGAAGAAAUUUUUACACAUCACCAGUUCUUCGAAUACACUGUAUAAUUUAGCUGCCGAGAUUGAAGAACGUUUUUUGAAGAUAUAUCCAGGGGAAAAGCCAUUGGAAAUAAUCAAGUUGCAGGAUGUGAAUGAAUGUGAUCUGGAUCCAGAUUAUACAGUUUCUAUGGUGUUUGACACUAGCAACAUUGUUCGGGUCUUGGUUGCCAACGAAUUAAAGUCAAGUAUGCAUCACGAUAGAGGAGGAAACUUGGCUAGAGACUUAAGUGACGUAAUGCAGAAGUCUAGAUCUCCCCCAAAGACACGACAGGGCAACAAUGCUUCGUCCAUAUGGAAUACAAGCUCAAACUUUGAGUACGAAUCUAAGCCAUCGACCCAAACUACAGCAUCAGAGUCGGCAAAGCUAACUGUAAAGAAAAGAGACUUGACAAAGCAAUCUUCUCCUCAAAUAGCAAGCCCAGUACGCAAGAUUGAGAAAAUAAAACAGAUACCUGAACCGGAAGGCGACCGUACUGUUGUUGUUGGUCCAAGAAAGCCCACAAAGUUGAGAGUUGCCUCUCCAAUAAUUGCACAAGGAUCACCGAAGAGAAUAACUUCUGGAAUGCUGGAUUUGGCCUCACAGCCAAAUCUAUCCAAGAACUACGAGGCACAGAUAAGUGAUGAUUCAGUAAGAGAAGGGAUGGAUGAUGGAUACGAAAGUGCUUCUACUUCUCCGAAGACGAAUCGCAGAAGAGUUAGUGUUCCAUCUAAAAUUGAUAUUUUGAAGUCGAAGAGGGUCAAAGAAGGCAAAAUGGAUGAAACUUUAGAAGAGAAAUCUAAGACAUCCUUACGAACUGAGAAGAAAGUGUCUAACGAAGAAGGAAAUGCGGACACUACCGUGAUCAGAAGAUGUUUGGUAUCCGAGCAGAAACCAAUUAAUGAGUUGGAGAUAUCUCCAAGAAUAAAGAUUCAGACGGUUUCGAGUCAAAAACCCGUUCCGACAAUCUCAAAAUUUGAUAAGGAAGAAGAGAAGCAGAAAGAUGUUUUAGGAGACAAAACACUAAAUGAGCCGGAAGUGGUUGAGCAAAUGCCAAAUGUGACGAGUACGCCUACCAAGGCAAGUCCAAGAAAGAGAAAAUUACCAACAACUGAGGGGGGGAAUUCUGCCAAAAGAACAAAGAAAACAACGUCUGCUUCAAAGCCGCUAAAUACGGAUGUUGACAGCUCCCCAACUAAAAAGAAAGAAGAAUACACUAAGGAGGGUCUUAUCAAAAUGGUAGAUAACGGAAUAAGACCUUCGCGAAAACCGAGAAAGAGAAGAAGAUCCUCUCCAUUCAGAAAAAGCAGAUCUUCAUCUCCACGUGCUGCUAGGGAGGAUGAAGUGAGUCCAGAUAUUGAUCCUUCAAAUAUAAUUCCAAGCAGCAGGAGACGCAGAACUGAAUUGCUUGAGCAUUCUCCAGAUGGUGUUCAGAAACCCAAACAGAAUGCUAGAGACAGAAGUAUUACUAGAAGAGGUCACAAAACGGCCGUGAAGUCAUCGCAGACUGCUUUAGUAGACAGCCUUGCAAAAAGUGCUGCCGGGUUAAGCAAUGCUCCUGUUAGUAUCACAUCGAUGAAUGUAAAAGAUGGCUCCGUGUCUACUUUAUCGAAAGGCAAAGAGCAAAGUGCUGGAACACAUGAUAAUCGAAAUUCUAUAAAUAAUCAUUUUACCAAAAUGAUGCCAGCUACUGUUAAAAUAAACAUGCCGGAAGACACAGCAAAAUUCAGCGCUACAAUAUUGAAGAAGCAGGAACAAACUGUCAAUAGUUUGGAUUCAACAAAGAUUGCCGAUGAAAACGUAAUGGAAUUAAGAUCUACAAAAUACAAAAAGAAAGCAGAAGAAAAGGAGAAAGCAAAGGAGGAAGCAGAAGAGAAAGCGGGAGAGAAAGUGGAAGAAAAAGUGGGAGAGAAUGUAGACAAAAAGGCAGAAAAAAAAGCAAAACUCAAUUCAUCCCCAACGGGCUUAUCAAAGGAAACAGAUACAGGAAACAAAGCAGAGGGUUCGUCUGAAACAACAGCAAAUCUACGCAAGUAUGCUGCAGAUAUCAUUGAUGACGAUAGUGGAGAAUCAAGCGGAUCAGAUUCUAGCUCAGAUUCAAGCUCUGGUUCUGGAUCGAGUUCAGAUUCAGAUUCAGAUUCAGAUUCAGAGUCCGAGCAGGAGGAUGAGGAUGCCGCGUUUACUAAAAGACUGCGGAUUGUGAAUAAGCCUAAAGUGGGCUCAAGGACGAGUUCACAAAUUUCGUUAUCCCCUCAGCCUGAGGCUUCAUCGGCAAAAGCUUCGUCAUCAAAGCCACAGGUGACGGCAUCUGCAAAGCCAAUUGAUAAAGCAUCCGUGCAUAAAACGAAAGCUAAAUCCAAAAUUGCAUCUCUUCCAAAGCUUUCAGAGCUCUUAAAGAAGGGUAUACCUUCAGUUAGGGAGAAAGGGCAAUCUUCUAAAAGUUCGACUUACCAGAGUACAAACCUUAAAGACUCCGAUUCCAAUUCUGAUUCCGGGUCAGACUCAGAGGGCGACUCGGAUUCAGAUAGUGACUCGGAUUCAGAUAGUGACACAGAUUCAGAUUCAAGCUUUGGAUCUGAUGCCGGACUUAGUGCAGCCAACUUUAUCGACGCAAAGGAGGCUAGUAAUAUUAUAAAAAUAGGCCAGAAUGGAAAGAAGAAGAAAAGUAAAAACAGAGCCUUUAUGUCGCUAUUGAGCGACGCCAGAAAGAAGGGUAAUCGCUAG